CCGCCGUCGACUCGGACGGCCGUCGGCCAGUCGUGCCGUCGGAGCCGACGGGGGAGGGCCGUCGGAGCCGACGGGGAGGGUCGUCCGAGACGGCGGUGGCGCGAUGGCCAGUGGAGGGGCGCCGUCCGUCGGCCGCCUGGCACCGCCUCUGCUGUUGCUGCUGCUGCUCUCGGUGCUGUCAGGCAGUCUCGGAAUCCGUCUGCUGCGCUCGGAGAUCCCGCGCUACGUGGCGGCCGGCCAGCACGUGCCGCUCUCGUGCCACGUGGUGCUGGACUGGCGCGAGCGGCUGUACGCGGUCAACUGGUACCGGGACGGCCACGAGUUUUACCGGUACAACCCGGGCGAGGUACCGGCCGCCCAGGUCUUCCACCAGCCGCACAUACACGUCGAUGUGACGGCCAGUAACGCCAGCACUGUGCUGCUGCGACACAUGCGGCCAGAGUCGUCCGGAGUGUACCGGUGUGAGAUCUCCACGGAGGCACCGCUCUUCAACACGGUCACACGACACGGAAUGCUGCAGGUCGUCAAUCUGCCGACGCACGGUCCGAUCAUCAGCGGCGGCCAGGAGCGGUACCGGAUCGGGGACGUGAUCCAGCUCAACUGCACCUCCCCGGGCACCGUACCGCCGCCGCAGCUCACCUGGUACAUCGAGGGAGAGCGGGCGCACCCGGGCCUGGUGACAGAGUUCCCCCGCUCGGUCGGUCCCGGCGGUGUGGUGGUGGUCACCAAACAGCUACGGCUGACGCUGCUCGACCGGCACCUGGCCGCCACCGGCAGACUCAAAAUCAAGUGCACUGCCUCGCUGGAAAACAUCUACUGGAGGAGCCACGAGCGGCACGUGCACGAGCACGUGGAGGCUCGGCCGGCACGUGUCACCGGUAGACAUAUCCGCAACGAGGCCGGCGCACUGAGCGUGUGGCAAAAGUGGCGCGUUGUUGCGGCCGCCAGCUCGCUGCUGCUUCACCAGUCAGUCUGGAGGUGACCGCCCGCUGACCGAGGAUGUCCGGAGCGUUCCCCGCUGGAGGAACCAGGGCCAGACGACCGAGGGGGUUCAUAGGGUCCCCUCCAGCAGGAGCCGGAACUAACUACCGAUCGGUGAAAUACUGACCAGCGAUAAAGCGCCGGCAGAGAGUGAGCGCCCUGAAGGGCAAAGGAACUGAGAGUGAAAAAUGAGAACCCUGGAGUAGAGAGCGAACACCCUGAAGGGCGGCGAACUGAGAAUGAGAACUGAGAACCCUGGAGAAUAGAGCGAGCACCCUGAAGGGCAGGGGAACUGAGAGUGAUUGUGCUGGGGGGCAAAAACUCUGUAUUCUGGGUGAACAGGGAGUGAAAAUCCUGUGGGGUGAGUGAGCUAGGAGCGAAUGUACUACAUCGAGAAUGACUCAGCCUUGUAAAUACCGCUCAUUUGUAUGGUGCCGAGCGUGGUGAGGUCGCGUUGUCAGCCUGCGCUCUCGCACAGACCCAAGUGACUGGUAUACAGUGGCCGCUCUGCGCUAUGAAAACAGCCGUGUGGGACUGGCAGUAUGAAAAUCGCUUAUCGUGCGCCGGCAUCCCGCAUUUUCGUAUUUACCGACGUGCGUGGUGAUGAGGGCUGCCUGUGUACAGUUGGCGUUUGCCCAACUUUUAUAUGUAACCAUGUACCCAUCUGCUAUGCAUGAUGCUGGAUAACAAAAUAUAAAUGCUUAUAAGCUUCA